AAUAAGUAGUGAUUGUUGUGCAGUGUACUAUGCACCUAUGUUAAUUUGUGUGUGUUGCAAUGGAAAAAGACGAACAAUUUCUGCAUGGAUACUUUGUUUUUGUGUCACAGCUGUGUUUUGAUAAAGCAAAAGAGCAUGUGGAAAAGGAAAAGGAGCAACAAUCAAUCUAUGAUACUGCUACAUGGAAUGCCCUCCUUCAUCAGUUAUUGCAAAUUGCUUUAGCUGAAAAAUCAUACAUGGAAAUUGGAUUCCUACAGAAUAAGAAUAAAGGAUUUCUUAGAAAAGAUAAUUCAUUGCAAGCAGUCUAUGACACAAUUAACUUUGACUUGAAACGAAUUGAAGAGCUGUGCAAGAAUAAUGGAUGUGAUAAAAGGGUGCAGAAUCAUUGUCUUAACAUUGAAGAGUUUCUGUCUGCCAGAUCCAAGUUAAUGCAUUUUUAUGAGCAAAUAUUUUUGUGCAACACAUCCAAGACAAAGUUCAAUGAAUUCCUACAAAACAUUGAGCUGUUAACCCAAAGAAGUGUUUUGCAAUUUGCUGACAUUAGCUUAACACCAAUGAAAGCUGCUUUCAGUUUAGAAUGUGCCAUCUUGGAGCAAUUAUUUCGCUCACUGAUGGAAUUACAAAGAUUGCAGUUUUUGCCAUCUUUGGCUCAUAUUCAUGGUGCUCAUACAAGACUGCAGGCAUGGGAGGCUACAAAAAUUAAAAACCGCGAGGUUCGUAAAUUGGGUUUUAUUAAAACAAAUUACUUACCUGCUCUAUUCCAAUGGCAUUUAAACUUCAAGGCUGCUGUUCUGAGCAAAUUCAGUUUGUUCUUCCAUGAUACUUUGUCUUCCCAAACUGCCUCGAAUGAAAUGAGGCAGUUAUGUGCUAAAUUACAGUAUGACUACUACAAUAAAAUGCAACAAUUCCAGAAGCGAUAUGAUGCGGGUGCUGUUUUACUUCUUUCUGAUAACCAAGUUAGUUGUGAUACUACAGCAUAUGAUUGUUUUCCAAUUAUUGUAUCAUGUCCACCUCGGCCAUCAUCGCAAGUUGAUUUAAUCCUAAAAAUGAUAAUGGAUGUGCCGGCGGAGGUAACAUCCUCCGAUGUGAUUUACAAAUACAGUUCGCAAGAGAAGCUCACAUGCAUUUACAGCGUCGUCGAACCAAACAUUUACCUCAUAUGUUUAUUCGAUGGCAAGAAAACGGAAAAAGACGCGCAUAUUAGUAACUUUCUCAACGAAACCUGCCAAAAUUUACGCUGCACGAAAGUUUUUGCUAGCUUAAAAACUCUUUCUAAAUAAAUUUUAUCCGUACUAUAUUUUAUACAUUUGGAAUUUUCUAGAUCAAAUGUGUUUCAUUUGUUUUUAUAUUUGACAUUGUGUAAUCAAGUAGGCUUUGCAGAAAAUAAAUUUUGACGUUUGUUUAGUACAAAAA